CUAAAUUAAUUGAAAACAGCACCUCAACUCUCGCAAAUUAUCUUAAACUAUUACUGGCACAGGUAGAAACUGAGAAAGAUGAUAAACAUGAAAUUGUUUAUCAUCUCAAACAUGCUUUACGUAAGUAUGAUGAUGUAUUGAACUCCUGGGGUGAACAGUAUAGGAGAUUCGAUGCGGCCCUGUUACAAAAAGAAAACGAUUUCUCUUCAAAACUUGUUCUAUUCGAAGAAAUGCUGGAAUAUUAUAGAGAAAGCCUCUUUGAUGAAAUGAAGCAGUUCCAUGAAAUAAAGGCAGUCCUAUCUGAGGAAGCAAGUAAACUGCAAUCAAAAAUUAAAACAAAUAAAGUUGUAAAUAUUACCGACAAUAAAUCAAGUGAGUUGUAUAAAAAAUACAAGGCAUUAUUAAAACAAAAUCAAAGCGAACUUAAAAUGAAAGAAGACUUAAUAGAUAAAUUAAGAGCCGACAGAAAAAUGUUAUAUAUUAAAAUUUCUAAAAUAAAACAAGAAAAUGAAGAAAAAGAAAGCGCUUCUAAAAGUGAAAUAGAAAAACUAAAAGUGUCACUUAACCACUGGAGAGACAAGUAUAACAAGUUAGAAAAUCGAAGAAAGCUCGAGUUAACGAGAUCGGGCAUUGUAUAGUAUGAAAAAACUUUCUCAAUCAAUUAACCACUUCACUGAUUCGAGGGGAGUAGCACGAGCGAUAACUAGAAGUCUGUAUGCACUUUUAUGUUCCCGACAGUUGCUGAUAUUUUUCUGAUUUAAAUAUUAUCUGUAUUGUAUUAUUAUUUUAUAUUGUAUAUCAAUUCAUAAAUUGUGUGGAUAUUGGUUAAUAAAUAAAUACAAAAC